GGGUAAUGAUAUAUUAGGUGGUCUACAUACAAGAAUUAAUACAAGACAAAUAUUAAGGACAAGCAAAAUGGUUGAAGAGUACUCUGGGAUGCUUCUACAACCACACAAGGCUCUUGUUGGUGCUAAUGCUUUUCUUCAUGAGAGUGGAAUUCAUCAGGAUGGGAUGUUAAAACAUAAAGGCACAUAUGAAAUAAUAUCUCCUGAGGAUAUUGGUCUUGAAAGAUCCCUUGAGGCUAGUAUUGUAUUAGGGAAGCUUAGUGGACGCCAAGCAUUGAGAAAGAGACUUGAAGAGCAUGGUUAUAUAUUAAAGGAUGAUGAACUUGAGACUCUGUUUUGGAAAUUCAAACUAUUGGCCGGGACGAAAAAGAGAGUAACCAAUGCAGACCUCAAGGUAUUGAUGUCAAAUGAAGCAUACCAAGAUGAACUUGUCUACAAAGUAGCGUGA